UUUAUUCUGAGCAUGCGUAGUGAACAGUUGCAAAACAUCAGAAAUUCGAUGAUUUUUUGUAUAAUUAUUUUCUUAAGCUCAGCUACUCUAACUUGAAUUUUUUUAUGUUUAAUAUUUCAAACUUUUUGUAAAACGUAGCGAUUUGCUUUAGAGUUGGCAGAUACAUCUUUAUAUUAUAAAUUUUGUUGUUGAAAUUAUGUUUUUUAACGAAAACUUUUAAAUCAAAAGAAAUCUUUUAAACAUGGACCAUGCAACCAAAUUAAAUCUAAUUUGUAGAAUAUGCAGAGAAGAUAUAAUAAAAGAUCCAGUUGAUAUAAAUAAAUAUUCCGAAAGAAUCGAAAAUUCCUAUUAUAUAAACACCAGCAUUGAUAAUAAGAAAAUUCACCCACAAAAGAUGUGUAAUAGAUGCUAUACCAAUUUAAGGAACAUUGAAAAAGGUUCAAGUUCUAGUAUUAAACCAGUUGAUUGGCCUUUACCAUGUGCAGGCAAUUGUUCUUGUUUCCCCAAAGUUGUUGGAAGAAAAGUUAAAAAAUGUAAACCUGGUCGACCAUGUGUCAUGGAACAAAAUCAGAAGAGAUGGACUAGGCCAAUUAUAAAUAACUUAAUUAGUACUAUACCAAAACCAACAUUGCGUUUAAAUGUAAUUGAUAUUGAUCCUGUAUCAAAUCCCCACUUAAACUUGUGCAUAUGCAAGUUAUGCAACAAUAUUAUGUAUAAGCCACUAAUAUUAAAAGAGUGUCAACACUCAUUUUGCUCAGUGUGUUUAUUCAAAGAGAUUGAAGGAAAGUUGGAAACAGAAGCUAAAUGCUUUAUUUGUGGACAAACUAUUUCUUUAAAUUCAGUUUUGAAUUCUGUUAAUUUAACACAAAUGAUAGAGCACAUUCUUUUAGGUUGCAAUAAGAAAUGCAAAUUAAAUUAUGCAGUUAAAGACAAUGAGCUUAAAAAACUACAUGAAGAAAAUUGUAUGGGUGAAAAAUUAUUGCAGACUUUUCGCAAAGAAACUCCAAGUGGACUUGAUACAACUCUUUCUGAUAUAUUUUUAUUAAAAGGAAAUGAUGUUAUUCCACGGAUUGUAGAAGAUGCUGCAUUGCAUGUUAUAAAGCAAAAGCAAAUUAACUCUGAAUCAAACUUUUUUUCUUUUCCUUCUGGAGGACCAAGACCUUUGCAAUUUACUUCCAACUCAAUGGCAUAUAAAGACAGCUCAGAUGUUAGUAAGAGGACAAUUAGGAAAAGACAUUUAGCUGUUAUAAACUCUUUAAAUGUGGUUCCUGGUUUGGCCAGCACCUCACAACUUCAACAAACCUCUGCUAUUUUAAAUUCAUUUGGAGAAAAAGAUCAAAUUAAAAUAUUGAAAAUGUCGAACAUUCCUUCAUCAGUAAUAAGUGCAGAAGAAAUGGUAAGUAUGAAAGCUCAUAUGGGAAUCACCUAUUCAAACAUGAAGAUAAUUGCAAGAUGGCUUAAAACAAAUAAUAUUAAAUGUGCAUCAAACAAAAAGCAACGCAAAGUAGCUAAAUCUUGGCCUGGAGAAGAUUGGGUAAAAAAUGCUCCUUGGGGAUACAUUAAAGAUUUUCCAUCUCAUAUAAUAAACAAACUGAACCUGCUAAAAAACAAAAAUUUGCUACAGCAUUCCAAUAUAAAAAAUGAUGAAAUUCACAUUAAAAUUGGUAGUGAUUAUGGUGGUGGAUCCUUUAAGAUGUGUUAUCAAAUCGUGAAUGUUGAUAAGCCGAAUGCCAAGAGAAACACAAGUGUUUUUAGUAUUUUUGAAGCGAAAGAGUACAAACCCAACCUUGUUGUGGGUCUCUCAAGGUUUACACCACAAAUUAAUCAAUUGCAGUCACUGUGUUGGAAUGAGAAAAAAAUAAGAGUAUUUAUCUUUGGCGAUUACGAAUUUUUAUGUUCAGCAUAUGGAAUCACUGGUGCAAAUGGUCGACAUGCUUGCUUGUUUUGUCAUAUAACUCGUGAAGAGAUGAAAAUGAAUCCUUCUCAACAAAAGCACAGUUGCUCCAAGCGUACUCUGGAAACACUUCAUGCAGAUUUCCAAAAUUUUAUUCAAAAAGGUCGAAUACCAAAAUUAGCAAAGACUUGUAACAAUGUCAUUGAUUUGCCACUUUUCAAUAUUCCAUUAACACAAGUAAGCAUUCCAUCAUUACAUAUCUCAUUGGGAAUUUAUCUUAAAUUUUUUAAUAUGCUUGAAGAUGGCUGUCAUCUCUUAGAUGUAAAAAUUGCAGCAAAAAUGUGUAUGACAAAUCAAACUGUAAACAACAGAAAUUUUGAUGAGUAUAUUGCACUUCAAUUAAAAAUAUAUGAAGGAGAAAAAGUUAUUAAUGAAUAUUGUGAAAAAAUAACUCUAAUUCAUGAAGCAAUGGCAAUACAUGUUCUACGUUCUCCUGAAAAUAAAGAAAUUAUUUAUGAAAUAUUUCAGCCCAGAGUAGCCCAUUAUAUGGAGAAGAAAAAUGCUAAGCUGAUUGAAUUAGAAGAGUUAAGAUCUAAAACAUUUGAAAAAUCACAUGGACCACUUGUGAAAAAACUUGAUGAAGUUCUAUGCGGUCUUCAUGUUCAAAGACAUGAAGACCGCAUAGACAUCUUCAUGUUCAAAGACAAUCAUGUUCAUAAAAUGUUGAAGGUUUUUCUAUACUUAUAUUUGCAUAUUUUUCUCAAAAAUAUCUUCUCAAAUACAUAAGUUCAUAAAUACAUAGAGGUUAUUAAACAUUAAUUUUGUAAAUGUGUUCUAAAAUUUAUUCUUUAUUCAUUAGCUAAACAGUAUUCUAGAUCUUUGUAAUUCAAUAUCUAAAAUAGUAAGUGAUCUUGGAUUUAUUGGUACAGAUGUUCAUAACGAGGCGAAGGUCUUGAGUAAGAAAUUUGUUGCUUUGUUCUCCAAAUACUCGACAUGCUACAACUUUAUGAAUUCAAGUGAAAUAAUUAACAAGAAUCCAAUAUCAGAAUUAGAAAGAGCCAUUGAUAAAUUAAUGAGUUACUUUCGUAAAACAUGGCCCAAUGAGUCCAUUACUCCAAAAAUGCAUUUGUUAGAAAGUCAUUGUGUUGAUUUUAUUAGAAAUUGGAAUUCGGGUCUUGAUAUUUAUGGAGAGCAAGGUUUAGAAAGCAUGCAUGCCGAAUUCAACAGUAUGAACAGCACAUUUUGUCAUAUGAAAGGAAAGCAAAGACUGAGAAGUAUUUUGUCCAAUCACUAUAUCAAAAACUCUCCAGAAGCUUUAAUAAUUAGACCAACUAUUAAAAAAAGAAAGCCUUAUAAAAGAAAAGCUUGAAACGUGAAACUUUAUAGAUGAAUUUUAAAAUCAAAAAAUGUAUAUUAUAUAACGAUUUAAUUUUUAAGUGUG